AUGUCUAUCACUGGUGAAUAUCUCUGUCAACAGCUUCUCUAUAUCUAUCUAUCUAUCUAUCUAUAUAUAAAAUUUGAAAAGAAAGAAACUAUCUAUCUAUCUAUCUAUCUACAAAGUAAAUUUGAAAAAGAAAGAAACAUCGAUCUAUCUAUCUAUCUAUCUAUCUAUCUACAAAGUAGUAAGAAUUUGAAAAAGAAAGAAACUUCGAUCUAUCUAUCUAUCUAUCUACAAAGUAGUAAGAAUUUGAAAAAGAAAGAAACUUCGAUCUAUCUAUCUAUCUAUCUACAAAGUAGUAAGAAUUUGAAAAAGAAAGAAACAUCGAUCUAUCUAUUUAUCUAUCUACAAAGUAGUAAGAAUUUGAAAAAGAAAGAAACAUCGAUCUAUCUAUCAUCAUCUAUCUAUCUACAAAGUAGUAAGAAUUUGAAAAAAGAAAGAAAACUUCGAUCUAUCUAUUCAUCUAUCUACAAAGUAAAACAUCGAUCUAUCUAUCUAUCUAUCUAUCUACAAAGUAGUAAGAAUUUGAAAAAGAAAGAAACUUCGAUCUAUCUAUUUAUCUACCUACAAAGUAGUAAGAAUUUGAAAAAGAAAGAAACAUCGAUCUAUCUAUCUAUCUAUCUACAAAGUAAAACAUCGAUCUAUCUAUUUAUCUAUCUACAAAGUAGUAAGAAUUUGAAAAAGAAAGAAACAUCGAUCUAUCUAUCUAUCUAUCUAUCUAAGAAUUUGAAAAAGAAAGAAACUUCGAUCUAUCUAUUUAUCUACCCACAAAGUAAUUUGAAAAAGAAAGAAACAUCGAUCUAUCUAUCAUUCAUUCACAAAGUAAAUUUGAAAAGAAAGAAACAUCGAUCUAUCUAUUUAUCUAUCUACAAAGUAAAGAAUUUGAAAAAACAUGAUCUAUCUAUCUAUCUAUCCAAAAGAAAAAGAUCGAUCUAUCUAUCUAUCUAUCUACAAAGUAGUAAGAAUUUGAAAAAGAAAAGAAACUUCGAUUUAUCUAUCUAUCUAUCUAUCUAUUUAUCUACAAAAGUAAAAGAAUUUGAACAAGAAAGAAACUUCGAUCUAUCUAUCUAUCUAUCUAUCAAAAGUAGUAAGAAUUUGAAAAGAAAGAAACUUCGAUCUAUCUAUCUAUCUAUCUAUCUAUCUAUCUAUCUAUCUACAAAGUAG